AUGGCGUUGGCAUCGGGACCCGCAAGGCGGGCGCUGGCCGGCCCCGGGCGGCUCGGCCUUGGGGUAUGCGGAGCUCCUAGACGUGGUGCGUACGAGUGGGGUGUGCGCUCUACGCGGAAGCCCGAGCCUCCUCCCCUGGACCGAGUGUACGAGAUCCCUGGACUGGAGCCCAUUACCUACGCGAGAAAGAUGCACUUCGUGCCGGGGAUGGCGCGACCGGUCUUCCCGCCCUGGGACCGCGGCUGGAAGCAUCCGAAGUACCACCGCUCGCCCCCUAUUCACGAGCAACCUCUGUACAAGGACCAGACGUGCUACAUUUUCCAUCAGCGAAGCCGCCUCCUUGAGGGUGUGAAGCAGGCCCUCUGGCUUACCAAGACCAAGUUAAAUGAAGGCCUCCCAGAGAAAGUGCUUAGCCUUGUUGAUGAUCCAAGAAAUCACAUAGAGAACCAAGAUGAACGUGUUUUGAACGUGAUUUUUCAUGCCCGUCUCUGGCAUUCUACUGAAGACAUUCCUAAGAGAGAGACCUACUGCCCUGUCAUUGUGGACAGUCUGAUACAGCUAUGUAAAUCCCAGAUUCUCAAGCAUCCUGCUCUGACCCAGCGGAUCCAUGCCCAAAACUACUCUUUUUCCACCACCUGGAAUCGAGAGUCUGCUCUUCUUCAGGUCCGUGGGUCCAGCGGAACCCGAUUGAGUGCCAAGGAUCCUCUGCCCCCGAUUGCCUCCAGAGAGGAAGUUGAGGCUACUAAGAAUCAUGUUCUUGAGGCUUUUUAUCCCAUAUCUCCCAUUAUUGAUCUUCAGGAAUGCAAUGUUUAUGAUGUGAAAGAUGACACAGGAUUCCGGGAAGGAUAUCCUUACCCCUAUCCCCACACCCUGUAUUUCUUGGAGACAGCCUGUUUACAACCACACCGCUUUCAACCAGAUCAGCUGCGGGCCAAGAUGAUCCUAUUUGCUUUUGGCAAUGCCCUGGCUCAGGCCCGGCACCUCUAUGGGGAUGACCCUAAAGUUUUGGAGCAUCCAGUGACUGUGCAGAGUGUGGGCACUGAUGGACGCGUUUUCCAGUUCCUAGUGUUCCAGCUAAACACCACAGAUCUGGCUUCUAGUGAGGGUGUCAAGAAUCUGGUCUGGAUGGAAUCAGACCAACUCUUAUACCAGCAUUUUUGGUGUCUCCCGGUGGUCAAAAAGAAGGUGAUUGUGGAGCCUGUUGGGCCAACUGGUUUCCAGCCAGACACAUUCAGGAAGUUUCUAGCUCUGUAUUUGCAUGGUGCUAGGUGCACAUAA